GAGGUCUAGUCAUGCGCUCCCUAGCUAUUUAAGACAAAGGACCAGGAUGAACUAAUUCUUUGGGGGCUACAUUUGGUCGUACCAAGAGGAGCAAGAUGCACACUCACGGCAUUUGGAGAGCGUGUCUCCUGGUGGUGACCUUUUGUGUCACAAUGACUCUGGGCCAGUUUCCUCGGGAGUGCGUCACCCCUGAAGGGCUUCGCAGUGGCCAGUGCUGCCCCUCUCUGUCAGGCCAAGCAGGGGACGAGUGUGGCGCCAGCACAGGGCGGGGUCAGUGUGUUCCCAUUGCUGCAGACAACCGACGCCAUGGACCCCAGUAUCCCUAUGCGGGAAGAGAUGACCGAGAGAGGUGGCCUCUGCGUUUCUUCAACCGCUCAUGUAUGUGUAAUGGGAAUUUCAGUGGCUACAACUGCGGACGGUGUCGACAUGGGCUGACUGGACCAAACUGUGACCAGAGGAUCUCUGUUGUGAGGAGAAAUUUAAUGCAAAUGAGUGCAACUGAAAAGCAAGCAUUCAUCAACUCACUGGACCAAGCAAAGCGGACAAUCCAUCCCGACCUUGUCAUCUGUACACGACGGUACCAGGAGAUACUAGGGCCAGAUGGCAACACACCUCAAUUUGAGAACAUCACUAUUUAUAACUACUUUGUCUGGAGCCAUUACUACUCUGUUAGUAAGACCUUCCUGGGCCCAGGCCAAGCCAGUUUCGGAGGAGUUGACUUUUCCCAUGAGGGCCCAGGUUUUGUCACCUGGCACCGCUUUCACCUGCUACAACUGGAAAGAGACAUGCAAGACAUGCUGGGUGAUUCAUCCUUUGCGCUGCCCUAUUGGAACUUUGCCAUCGGAGGCAACGAAUGCGACAUUUGCACAGACGACCUCUUGGGUGCCAGGAGCUCCUUCGACAUGAACGCCAUCAGCCCCAACUCGGUAUUCUCCCAGUGGAGGGUGGUCUGCGAGAGCGUGGAAGACUACGACACUUUUGGCACAAUUUGCAACAACACAGAAACCAGCCCAAUAAGGAGAAACCCAGCGGGCAAUGUUGCACGGCCUCUAGUGCAGAGGCUGCCCGAGCCCCAGGAUGUGUUGGACUGUCUGCAGCUAAACACCUUUGACACACCCCCUUACUAUUCCACCUCCUCUGAGAGCUUCAGAAACUCAAUUGAAGGCUACAGCGCUCCCCAGGGGAGGUACGAUCCCGUGAUCCGCAGCCUCCACAAUCUGGCCCACCUCUUCCUCAAUGGCACUGGCGGACAAACUCACCUCUCCCCUAAUGAUCCCAUAUUCGUUCUGCUGCACACUUUCACUGAUGCUAUCUUUGAUGAAUGGCUCAGCAGGCACCAGCCAGGGGAGAUAGUCUAUCCUGAGGAGAAUGCUCCAAUUGGACACAACCGCCAAUUCAACAUGGUUCCAUUUUGGCCUCCUGUCACAAAUGCAGAGAUGUUUGUGUCUGCCCCACAAAACCUGGGCUACACCUAUGAGGUUCAGUGGCCAGUUCGCGCCUAUACACUGUCUGAGAUCAUCACCAUUGCUAUUGUUGCGGCGGUGCUGGUUGUGGCCGUGAUGGGCGGAGUCAUCGCUUGCGCAGUGCGAGCUCGAUCCUACCGCUCAGCUGAGGCCUUGGAGCCAUUGCUGGGGGAAACCUUCCGGAGAUACUCGGAGGAUGACCGGAGGUUGGAUAAAUCGCAGUCUGUUGUUUAAGUCAACGCCUCUCUAAAAUGGCCUCAUUACGUCCAAGCAGUUUUUUUUAACAACGCCCCGCCAUGUCUUUUAAUAAAGUGUCACUGAUUUCAAACCUGAAUUUUGCUUGUACAUAUCACUGCUUUUGCUAUACUUUCACUGGAGUCUAUUUCACUGGUCUAAUUACAAUUAAUUUGUGACGGUAUCAGGUUUAUUGUAGUUUGGGUUUUUCAUUAGACUUUAGUUUAAUUUAGUUUUUUUUUUUCUUAGAAUGUAGUUAGUUCCAAUUAUUGUUUUUAUUUUUUUUAAUGUUGAGAUGUUAGUUUUUAUUAGUUUUCAUCAUAUUGAAAUUGUUGGUAUUAGUUAAAUUUCUAUAAGUUUUAGUAUUUGCUUUGUUUUCUGUGCUUUGGGUUAUUUUUCAACUGUGGGAUUAAAAAAGGAUACAAAUAAUUCAACUCAAUUUAAGAAAACAUUUAAACCUUUUACUUAAAGUUUAAAGUAACCAAACCUUAACAGUUCCAAGCAUACCUACCUAUAGAGUAAAAUGUCUGU